AUGAAUGCUUAUGGGGCCGGGGGGGAUGACCAUCCUUCCUCUUCCUUUUUUAGGGUAUUUCCGCCUGGGUUCAAAAUACCCCCGAACCGGGGGGAAGAAGGAAAUUCGCAGCCUUCUCAGGGAGUCGGGCAGCGGCUUCCUGGUUCGCCGCUCGAAAUCUCUUCCCCGGGCAUAAGCGGGGAGUCUCUCUUUAGAGACUCGGUGGAAACAGGCCGGGGGGGAGCCCGCCCUUCUGAGGCUGCGCCGCCCGCGAAUCCAGGGGGUUCCCGGGAAGCUGUACCGCCCGCGAAUCCAGCGGGUUCCCAGGAAGCUGGGCCGUCCAACCAAGGCCCCGCUCCCUAUCCAGGCGACUCUUGUCGGGGCACGAGGGCUGACCUACGAGGUCUGCGAGUUCGCCCGCUAAGGGCCGAGGACCUCUUUGAGGUCAAAGCAGAGAUUCUCGGGGAAAUGUCACGCCUCGACCCAGAAGGGCCUUGGUUGGAACGCGGUGCUCGGGCGCUCGAUAAACCCCCGGGGGAGGAGUCCCUCGAGAGGCUUUUCGCGAUAUUGGACGCACUCCGGGAGGGGCGGACGCCAGUCGGAGGCGUUCGCUAA